AUGAGCGGACCCGGCUGCAGCCCAAAUGAUAAAGUGGUCAAGCACAAUGGAGCCCCAGGAGAACCCCUCUCUGAGUUUACCAAUCCCCACGUAUCCGCAGGGAGUCCUGCAACAAGGCUAUUGUCCGCCUUCAAGAACGACACUCACACCAAGAAGGCUUACCUGGCCGGGAGAGAGUGUUACAGCGAGGAAGGAAAGACCUUUGAACUGCGACUUGUUCGAAAGAUAAAACAACAGCAAAGCACUGAUCCCACUUCUCGUCCGGAGUAUCCAUCCUCUCUCGGUUUGACAGAAUUCACCAGGCGAGCCACGGAGGUAGCUCUGGGGAAGAGCUCUCGCGCUAUCAUGGAGGAUCGGGUGCUAGGAGUCCAAACUCCUGGUUUCACUGCUGCUGUGCGUCUCGGGGCUGAAGUCCUGAGACGCUGGUGUGAUGUCCGUGCUGCUUGGAGCGGGCCGGUCUACCUCUCCUCCCCCUGUGAUGACUCAUUGGCUGGUAUCUUCCAGGCAGCAGGGAUCCAAGAUAUCCGUGAGUAUUAUUACUGGGAUGACGAGCAGCGGAACGUUUGCUUGGAGAAGCUUCUGGAGGAUCUGGCGAAGGCUCCGCAGCAAAGUGUUGUUGUUCUGUCGGCAUCUGCCCACUAUCCUACCGGAGCAGACCUCUCUCAGGAUCAAUGGACCGCGAUUGCAAAUCUCAUCAUGAGGCGGAGGCUUUUCCCUUUUUUCUUGCUGCCUCCUCAGGCGCUCUGCUCUGGAGAUUUAGAGCAGGGCGCCUGGCCUGUUCGGUACUGUGCAUCGCAGGGGAUGGAGCUCCUCUGUGCUCAGUCCUUCUCCCACUGCUUUGGACUUUAUGGUGAGGCUGUCGGGCACCUUCUGUGCGUCUUGAAGCAGAACUCCCUCUUGUUUUCCAUGGAGUCUCAAGCUGACAAAAUAGUGAGGUCGCUCUGGGCUCAGCCAUCCGCAGGAGGAGCACGUGUUGUUGCCACAGUGCUCAGUAACCCAGGCCAUCUUGCUGAAUGGAAAGAAGAAGUAAAGUGCAUUGUGGAGAGAUGUAUGCUGAUCAGAGAACUUUUGAGAGAACGGCUGAGGCUUCUGGGAACUCCAGGGUGCUGGGACCAUCUGACUCAGCAAGGUGGACUCUACUGUUUUAUAGGCUUGAAUGGUGAGCAGUUAGAAUUUGUGUCCAAGAAGAGACACGUGUAUCUGUUCGCCAGUGGCUGUUUAAACGUGAGCGCAAUCAACGGUCGUAACUUGGACUAUAUCGCAGAGUCCAUUCACCUGGCUGUGACCACUUCAUUCUAACCAUGUGGCGUUCGGUCAAGCACAAAAAAUCAGUCAAAGUGGCUUUUCAGUCGGACUGACAUUCAAUUUAAAUCAAUAACUUUCAUGUGUCACAGUUUCAAUAUUACUGUUAUUACAAAUGUUGGUUCAGCUUUGCAAAGUAAAUCUGGUAAACAUCAAGAAAGCAUGUCGAACAUCAUAUGAUUCCUUAUUAUUAUUGAAUUGCCCCAGUCUUUUCAUGACAGAGUCUAUCAGCUCACCUGAUCGUCUUCACGUUUGGAGGGAGUUUAGCUGGGGACCCAAAUGUAGUGCAAUAAUGUAGUGCAAUAAUGUAGUGCAAUAAUGUGGUGCAAUUUUUGACUUGCGACACGUUGCAGUUUUCAAGGCCCCUGUAGCGGCUCCCUUGUUGAUGAUCACAGAGAUUUACAAACAGGCAUUGUUUGGAUAAACCAACCACAUAUUGGGAAUCAAAAGGGUUAGUUUCUCUCAUGGAAACACAUGAUAGACUAAUAAAGUGACAUUAACAGGACUCAAAUCGUUCUUUCUAAAACUUCUUCAGUCAAAAUUCUACAUUCAUUUGCGAGUGAAGAGUGAAAGAGAAGAAUCAGCACAGUGUACAAGAUAGAGCUUUCAAUUUAUAAUGCUGGAUAGUUAAAUUAAUAUGAAUUCCUGAUAUUUUAAUUCCUAUAUAUUGUGUUAGUAAAAUCUAGUAACAUGUGUCUGUCAGGUAAAUGAGUUAGUAGAUAAAUACACCAAAGAAGUAGGUGAGUUGCAUAUUUUGCUUUGGGAGCCUUUUGUGAGUUAUUUUGGGGUACAAUAAAUUAGUAUUUUAACAGACUUAAAAUAUUUUUCAUAUCCAAACAGUUUGAUAUAUUUACAAUUUAGUUGUUUACACUUUGACUCAUAUUGUUUCAUCCACACACACACAAAUGUUAAAUGAAAUGCAAAAAUAUGAAUUUGUUGUUUUACAGGUGUAAAAAAAGUGUUUGUUUUUAUAUGGAUUAAUGGUUACAUUACAUUCGUACAAUCUGGCCACAUACACCAAAGAAGCAGCGGGCAGCAUUUCUCCUCUAUAUGUGGCUCCUUACAAUCUAAAGUAACUGUCAUCGGCUAUUUAUUAAAAAGCCUACGAACUUAUAGCUUGGCAAGAAUAUGCAAAACUCAAUGACACUGUUGAAACUCUGAGAGCUGGUCAAAAUAACCCUGCUGUCUUAUGAUAUGUACAUUGUGGCUGUGGCCUAUAGUGGAUAUUGGAUGGCAUCCUAAGUGUCGAGAGAAGAACAAGCCAAGUGACUCACUCCCGCCUCUCGAUGAACAAGUGGUAUUAUAAUUCCACCGGGGCCAGCUGGUUAGCAUGCUCAUGUCAGGAGAUGUUUCAUGUCUUUGACACAACGCUAUUCCUUUACAUUCUGUUGAUAAUGCUAGUUAAUUUUUUUUAAUGUUUGAGAAAUGCCCGCCACGUUUUACGCAGUGCACCUUUAAACAUGUUAGAAUGGUAUCGCAUUUCUCACUGAACUCUUGGCAAGAGUAUGAAUACGUGUAUUUCCCAAAAUGUCAAACUAUGAUUUUACGUAUGCAUGUAAUCUACACUACCGCUCAAAAGUUUGGGGUCAUCCAGACAAUUUCGUGUCUUCCAUGAAAACUCACUUUUAUUUAUCAAAUGAAUUGAAAAUUGAAUAGAAAAUAUAGUCAAGACAUUGACAAGGUUAGAAAUUAUGAUUAAUAUUUGAAGUAUUAAUUUUGUUCUUCAAACUUCAAGCUCAAAGGAAGGCCAGUUGUAUAGCUUAUAUCACCAGCAUAACUGUUUUCAGCUGUGCUAACAUAAUUGCACAAGGGUUUUCUAAUCAGACAUUAGUCUUCUAAGGCGAUUAGCAAACACAAUGUACCAUUAGAACACUGGAGUGAUAGUUGAUGGAAAUGGGCCUCUAUACACCGAUGGAGAUAUUUCAUUAGAAACCAGACGUUUCCACCUAGAAUAGUCAUUUACCACAUUAACAAUGUAUAGUGUGUAUUUUUGAUUAAUGUUAUCUUUAUUGAAAAAACAGUGCUUUUCUUUGAAAAAUAAAGACAUUUCUAAGUGACCCCAAACUUUUGAACGGUAGUGUGUAUGUUAAUGUCAUGAAGGGGUGUGAGUAAUUCAAGUUCACUGAGUUGUUCUAUAGUUUGCAUUUUGUAAAUAAAGGUAUAUUAUAAUCUUUGUGUGGCUAUAUACUGCACUCCAGACAUUACUCACCAGAUAUAUUCAAUAUAAGGGGAAUCAAAAGCUUUUCAGUGCCCAUGGAAAAUCUUCAGAAUGACUGGCCUUAUAUAAACAGCAUGUAUUUGUGACUGAAUUCAAAGAAGAGGAUUAAAAAAGGUUGCUAUAAAUUGAAACCCAUGCUGAGUACACAGCAGAGCUCCGCUGCCUUUGUGAUGCAACCGGGUUGGAGGCCACUGCUUAUCUAAUGCACCCAGAAGCUCAUUCAAGGAGCGAGGAAGGACGCUUCACUCGGAAGGUCUUUGGUUACAGCACCAGCCGGGUUUUUUAAUCAAUUUUUAGAUUUAGCAUCUCUCUGAUGUAAUAUAUGUUUCAAAUGGCAUUUUAUGGAGUUAUUGAUCAGAUGUAAUGUGUUUUCUGUCUGUUGUGCACUGUGGGAACUAUGUCUAUUGUUUGUAUGAGUUGAUUUGGUGGCAAGUGAGUUUCCCCUCGAACGCUUUCUCAUCUAGUCGACAACCUUGACCUAAACAAUGUCACAAACAUUUGCGCUUAUUGUGUGAAAUAUAUGUUUGAUGUAUGUCAGUUCCUGAUUGUAUCCAAGUAUAAAAAAAGGCAGGGCUGGGCAAUAUCAAUAUUAUAUUGAUAUUAUGAUUUGAAACUAAAUAUUGUCUUUGAUUUUGAAUAUGGUAAUAUGUCAUAUGUGUUGGAUUUUCUUGGUUUUAAAGGCUCAAUUACAGUAAGAGAUGUUGUUUACUGAAUUUACCAGACUGUCCUUGAUGUGCUAUUAUUUGCCGACUUAGUCAUUAUCCACAAUACUGAUGAUGAUGUGUAAAUAUGUGGUGAAAGCACCAAUGGUCAACACAACAAUAUUGUUGCAAAUUCAAAUCAAAAAUGUUGUGUCAUCAAUAACGACCAUCAUAUAUGAAUGGUGGAAGAAUAAUCAAAUUAGAGAAAUGAGAAGAUAAAGGAUUUUAAUUUUAAUAAUGUAAAAAAUGAUAUGCUUGAUGCUGCAUUUCCGAGGUUGGGUGCUUCCCAAAGAGUAACCGUCCUUCUAAAAAGAGUUGUAUUUGUAUUGGACUACUUGGGUUUUAUUCUGCAAAAUAAUAUUAUUAUUAGCAUUUCCUUUCAACUGAGAGGCAUUUUCAAAUGAUGUGAACAUAUAAUAAAGCAAGUCACUGCUCAUGUGGAAACAUCAAUGAGUAAUUCCCUCCUC